UUCCUAUUGUAUAGUUUUCGUUCUGUACAGGAGCGUUGUUCCUAUCGAUGGGUUUCACUUAAACAACUGUGAACGUUGGUUCUUUGUGAUACCUAAAAACUCGGCUGAUAUCAAACUCAUCCACUUCGCUAGGUUCCCGGAAGCUAGUCUGUCUACCGAAGAUAUUUCAAUUUCAGUCUGACAAAAGCCGAGCAAUAAGACAGAAAGUGACAAGGUGUUUCCACUUCGCCUUCCUCUAUACAGCCUUGGCAAAAAGCGUUCGACAAAAUAUUAGCCGCACCACGUUUGUGAACCUAUAUCCAGUUAGAAUACCUACAAUUGCGACGAGAUCGAUUGGGAAGUUAGUCCUACCAUAAUUUUGAACUGACCUCGAUUAGGUGGGAAGAUACUGACGCUAAGGCAGUUAGACAGUUUGUAGAGCAGAUGAAAGACUGCCUGCUUCUAAUCUGCAUUUAUCGGUGUCAGACUAUCAAUUAAAUUUAAGCAUUCGCUUGUGAGUAUUUACUGGGGUUUAUGAAACAAGAAGUAUAUACAAGUACAAUAAUAUCCGUUUGUUGAGGUAAUGACUUAACGAUUUUAUUAGUAAUAAGUUUCUGAAGACACACAACGUCGUCACAGGCCAUCGCAUACAAAAUGUGACAAAUCCCCAAAGAGCAGACUCUCGUUAAUUAUUCCAACUUGUUGACAAGGCGCUCAUGCUUGUAUUCCCCACAGAUUGAUGUAAAGCUUCAUUUUACAAAAUGUGUACUCCAAUUGCCUUUAAAGAGACUGCAAACGAAGUUGGAACUGUUAAUUCACUUGCAUAAGUUCAUUAAGGAGUACUUACGAUGAAAUUGAAUUUCGCUGAACUACGGGUCUUUUGGCUCAGCUUGCUCUGCCUUAACACACUACAGCCGGUGCAAUCUUGGGAGGUGGACUACAUUCUAAAUAUGCUGUGCAUACUGGGUAAGACAAUACAAAUACAAGAGAUCAUUUGGUACGUGAGCGAACGCAUCGAUGCAACGAACAGCGUUGACGUACAGGAGCUCAUCAUAACGUUGGACGAAUGUUUGGGCCUCACACAGACAGUGAUAACCAAUCGCACCGAUAUACGCUUAAUACAAUCGGAAAAUAAGAAAAAUGGACUGAGCGUAGUCUUUUGUACGGCGCCAGAUGAUCCCAUUCUACAUGUCUAUGAUCGGACAGCGCUCGGACGCCAUAUGUAUUUCGGCUUAAUGAUCAUGAUGAAUAUUGUGGAUGACUUCAGAGUGGCGGAGCAACUAUUGCUAGGACUGCGUGCGCGUAAUUUUCAAAAUACUAUUUUAUAUUACUACAGCAGCAACCGAACCAAUGAGCUCUUUGCUUACUCCUUGUAUCCGGAGUAUCACUUAGUAAAUCGCUCCAACUUUUUGGAAUAUUUAAUGCAAACUUUUAAGAGACUUGUAGCUGGCGGCAUGAAUAUGUUGGGCUAUAAGUUAUAUACACCGCUACGUCAGGACCUACCACAUGUCUUCAGUUAUAAGAAUAGUACAGGUCAAACCAUUUGGCGUGGUUCAGCCUAUACCUUGUUGAAGUUUUUUACGGACUACGGCAAUGCCUCCUUAGUAAGCUACGAAAUGCCGGAAGAUGAACUGGGCGGCAAUGUAAUCGAUAUGAAGGCGGCGCUGAACCUCAUACGUCACAAAAAAGUCGAUAUAAUGGCACACGCUUAUGCUUUAUUCAAAGAGGACGACGAGCUUGGCAAGAGUUAUCCGCUCAUGGUGGUGCGCUGGUGUCUCAUGGUGCCCAUUUGGAAUAGCAUCUCAACUAUGUACUAUCCGCUGGAACCCUUCGAUGAUCUUGUUUGGUUUAUCAUUGUUGGCGUUUUUGUUGCAUUGCUGAGUGUCAAGUGUUUGUGGUGCUGUUGGCAGAGCACACAUCAGUUGGCGCAACGGUUAAACGAUACGGUUUUGGAAUGUUUCUGCCUGAGUAUUGGCAUUUGCACGCCGAACUACUAUGGCGCAGCUACUCUGUUGGAUUUCCUCAUUUUCACCACCAUCUACUUUUAUGGUUUCUUUCUUACCGCCAACUACACCUCAUUAUUGGGCAGCAUAUUUACCGUAACUUUAUUUCGCACACAAAUCAACACCAUGGAUGAGCUGAUAGCAACGAAUAUUUCCGUUAUGAUUAUCGAUUAUGAAUUGGAGUUUCUACUUGCCGACGGUGAUCAAUUAUCAGCAAACUUCUCACGUUUGUUACUGCCAGUGGAUGCGGCCACUUUCACUCAACAUCAAGUGCAGUUGAAUACAAGUUUUGCCUAUUUUAUUACGGAGGAGAAAUGGAAUUUUCUGGAAUUACAGCAGAAAUAUCUUAAACAACGUCUCUUCAAGUUCACCGACAUCUGCUUCGGUUCCUAUCAUUUAGCCUAUCCACUACAACCGGAUUACACUUUGUAUCGCAAUCUCGAAUAUUAUAUCUAUCGUAUGCAUUCGUCGGGCAUGUUGGGUCACUACCAGAGCACAGCCUUCGAUUAUGCCGUGCAUGCGAAACUUGUGCGGCGUUUGGCGGAUAAUACGGAGUUCACGUCGGCUGGCAUGCAACACUUGGUUGUGAUCUUUUUAAUGCUGCUGGCGAUGUUUUGUAUUAGUACGUGUGUUUUUGUUGGAGAGUUAUUAAAUGUUCGAUUGAUGAAGAGCCGCGCGCAUAGGCGUCAGUGAAGACAGUCUCAUUAUGACACUGUUUGUUAUAUGCUAAUGAUCAUAUUAUUUCUUAAAUACUUAGG